GUGAGGAUGGAAGAGGCGGCUGGGAGGAAGAGAGAGGAGCAAGGAGAGAGGCCACGAGAGAGUAGGAAGAGGAGGCCACGGGACAGUAGGAGAGGAUAAGGAUGAGCACGACCUCAUCACCGCCGUAUCGUAAGACCUAGCGGUGAGAGUCGUAACAUGACUCGCCAGUGAGGGUUGUAACACGACUCAGCGGUGUGGUCAUGUUACAAUUGAUGCCCAUAAACCUAACACCACUGGUUCGUAAUACGAACUGGCGGUGAUGAGUGUGCAUCGCCGCCGAGUCCAUUUGGAACUGGCGGUGAUAGGCUAUCACCGCUGGUUUGGUUCAAACCGGCGGUGAUGGGCCGUUUGCAAUGACCAUAUCUGUAGUCGACCAACUCAGAGCAUCAGUCUCAGAAAGUGAAUUAGAGCAUAACGCAGCAUCAUCCAAGCCAAACAUGUCUCCUUAGUUAAGGAUCUUCUCACGCAAAGAUGAUCAAAAUCAUAAAGUCAACCAUCUCGCCCCAGCUCCUUCAGGACCGAAGCACAGUAAAGAACCUCCAAACAUGCUUUGGAAAACAUUCACUUAAGUAGAUACCUCCCUCGCUCAUUCUUUGGGAUAGGGUGACUGGAUUAGAGAAAUAUGAAUGAACCAUAUUGAAAAGGUUAAUGAGACACAACAUCUUCCGCGAUGGAGAAAUGUCCAAUAGAAAUCUCUAUGGAGGCACAUAUUGUCGUCGAAAUUAAUGGGACUGACUCGCUCGGGAGCAGGCAUAGGAUUGAGGACCUUGCGCAACACACCAAUAGAAAGCCAAUCCUGAUCAAAAGUAGUCCGAACCUAGUUUACAAUGAGUGUCUCUGGUACGCUAUUAGUUAUUAGUACCUGGUAUGUAGUACUAAUUUGGGAGGCAACUAAAUAAUAGACUAAGUUGUAACUAAGCAGUAAUCCGUGCUGCAAGCCUGGAACUGUAAUUCGUGAACAAGGUGUUAGGUUUGAUCCUAAAUAGGACCACAACUGCGGUUGCAACUCAUAUUAAGCUGUUUGUAACUGGUUAUAGAAAUCAGUUGCAGCUCAAUCUGCUUGAAUUGCAACUACAAGUUUUUAAUACAUUUUCAAAUAUCUUCAUCAAAAAGUUACCCUUCCACUCUCUCUGAUAUUGUGUCCCCCUCCCCACCACCCUCAUUUCCCCAUCCUGCCGCUCUCCCCCACCACUAGGGAUGGUAAUGGGACAUGGGCCUAGUGGUCUCUUCACAAUCCAACAUGAUCCUUAAAUUUGUUAGCUCAAAAUUAUAUAAGAUUACAGCCCGGCCCUUUAGAACCCGGUUCUUAGAUUUUCUAGACCAAAAUCAAAGGUCCUUUACCACCCCUACCCACCGUGCUGCGGUGGCGCAGAGCCUCCUUUCCCUUCCCCUCCCCUCCCCCACCACCCUUACCCGCCGCGUGGCAGUGCGAAGCCUCCUUUCCCCACCCUACCCUUCCCUUCUCCCGACAGAGGGGCCGCAGCGGCAGGGCGGAGCCACGGCGAGCUGGGCGGUGCAGAGCUAGGGCGAACGGGGCGGCAACGUAGAGCCGCGACAAGCGGGUCUUUUUUAUUAUUUUUUUCCAUUUUGUAAAAAGAGCAUCGCCGCGGGUUCUAGACCUGGCAGUGAUGGCUGAGCCUAAUCCAAUGGAUCUCGCAACCGGCAAUGAUGUUUUUUCACCCAACGGUUGGCAUAAACGUUAAACAUUGGGUUGUAUAUGAUUGCCCGUAAAAAAUGCUUUACAUAUAGAGAAAUAUAUAUUACCAAAUCUAGCUGCACAUUGGGCUGCAUUGUAUUAUCCCUUGAAUGCAUGAGUACAGGUGUCGGGCGGACGAUGGAGACGGCGUGGAAUCCACUCGCGUUGGUGGGGACAGUCCUCACCAUCGCGGCCCAGGUGAUCGAUCGGGCAAAGACGGCUAAGAGCAACAGGCGAAAGUGCGACGUACUUAGAGAACGCGUGGAGAUGAUAUCGGCCCUCCUCAAGGAGCUGAAGAAGUGGCAGUGCACGCCGGACGAGGCGACAAGUACCAUGCUUGGACACCUACACGAUGCCCUCCGCCGCGCAAAUGAUCUCGUCGAGUCCUGCCAGCGCAAAAAGAAAUUUUGGCACUUCAGGAAUGCCCAGAAGAAGGCCGGCGAGUUCGCUGACCUGGACAAACGGAUUUCCAACUUCUUGCAGGACUUCCAUAUCGCCAACCGGAUCCUUAUUCUCAGUCUCAGCAAAGAACGCUUCUUCAUUUACGCACUCGAGAUACUACUUGACGACGGCGCUUGCAGGCGCUUACCGAAGGACAAAAGAGAGGACCUGAAGAGAUAUAUCAGCGGACUGACAAAUUGUGACAGUAUGUCACAGGACAACCAGAGGGUGCUGAAAAUGAUGAUCAGGGACCUAAUGCAGGGGGAUGCAGCGAGUCGAUCUCCAUCAGUAGUUAACGAAAGAGGAGGCAGAGACCAUACCGACGACGUUCUGCUGACGCUCAUUGCUCAAACCGCAGCAGAUAUCAUUGGGGAGGCGAGGAACGUGAAACAGAGCAAGGAGGAGUUCCAAUGGCUCGCCCAAAUUGUGCAGCAGGUGCUUGACCUCAUGCAGCAUCCAGUGGCUCGCCAGCUCACACGACAUGUGGAGAUGGGGAAGCUGUUGGAACGUCUCUGGUAUGAUCUAAAAGAUGCGAUCGACAUCGUCAGGUCUAAGAGCGUCCACAAGAAAUUCCAUCGGCAGCAAGACUUCCAGAUACGCAAAGUUGGGUACAGGAUCGAAUACUGCCUCCAAGUUCUUCCCGUCAUUGCCAGGCCCAGGCGUCACAGCGCAUAAAAUAAAUGCCGAUCAUGCUGCGUGCGUGGAAUCGGGCUGGACCCCGUUUUGGUAUCCCCUUUCAUGAUAUAUAUGUAUGUACUAGCAUAUUGCCGGUUGCUAUGGAUAAUAUAAUAGAUCUGCGUAAUAUCAUUAAUUUUGUAUUCA